GCAAGUUGAUUUCUAUCCAGCUCCAGCCAGCAGCCAUCCAGCUCUGUCCACCACCUGCCCACCCCGUCCUCCGCUGGCCAAUUGAUGUCCACCGACGGGCAUUUACCACUUGGUGCUGUCUGGUGCCUUGCGUCGAAUCAGAUCCGCUAUCACAGCUGCGCCAGACCUGUCAACCCUGCUCUUUGCCUUUCACACUCUCCGAAAAGUGCCACCCGCCCUCACAAACCACUCACGGUGCGCCAUACACCCAGUGCUCACGUCCCAAGAGCCCAGUCACGGCGUUUCCACGCUUCAUUUCUGGGCGGUUGCCCGUCUGGCCUAAUCAUGCCCUGCAUUACCCCAUCCCACCUGGCCACAGGGGAAAAGACCUUAAUAACAAUCCGAUGCGCUCGUUAUCAUGGCUCCUCGAGGGUCUUCCAUCUCGACAGAAGCUCCCCACCUGCGACCUCGUUGGCCCUGCCUCUCAAGACCUCCCUCGACCACAUCGGCCACCAAGUCAGCAACACUUGAAGAACACUUGACUGUGCCAUCUUCGUCUCGACACAGUCGAAACCGCAGUCCUAGGAAGUAAGCCGACACCAAAGAGACGGAUUUUGCCAGGAUGCCGUGCACAUCGACCUCGAGAAUGGCACUCGUCCUCUUCUCGCUUCUCAGCCUCGUCUCCGCGCACACAGUCAUCACGUACCCCGGGUGGAGGGGUGACAACCUACGGUCGAAUGGUACGACAGUAGAGACACAUGGGCUGGGGCAAUAUGCAAUUGGAGAUUCCGCGGCAGAACAGGACUAUCUUUACCCAUAUGGAAUGCAAUGGAUGUAUCCUUGCGGCGGCAUGCCCACCUCGCAAAAUCGUACCAAAUGGCCGCUAAAAGGCGGUGCAGUCGCAUUCCAACCGGGUUGGUUCCAAGGCCACGGCACAGCCUUCAUCUACAUCAAUCUUGGUCUCGGGACAACCCCUCAAAAUAUGUCCAAUGUCAUGCUCAACGGAGUUCAAAUCAUUGGGCCCAGCAAAGAUCCAUACCCAGGAAGUUUCUGCUUCCCCCAAGUUCCUCUCCCUGCCAACCUCACAGUCAACGUCGGAGAUAAUGCCACAAUCCAGCUCAUCGAGACUGCAGUCCAUGGCGCCGCACUGUACAACUGUGUCGACAUCACCUUUGCGGAACCCGAAGAUGUCCCAGAAGUCAAUGCCAGCAACUGCUUCAACUCGAGUCAGAUCACGAGCGACCUGAUCUUUACAACUUCUUCUUUGACAUCUGACUCAAUAGAAUUAUCAAGCAGCAGGUAUGGCUAUUUGAGCACUGCACUGGCUGUAGCUCUUGGCCUGCUAUUACUGUAACUAUGAGAAAGUUGAGCAAAAUAUACGCGCCUUGACGAACGGGUUCGGGUGGUAUUGACCAGUUGGCUUCUUGCUUCGACAGAACCACCCACAUUGGGACAAAGCCCUACCUCUCUACCUCUCUCCUACAGCACUGGAGUUGAUAUGAAAGGUCAAUCCCACGUUCGCUCAAGUCGCGACCUCGGCUUCAAGGCUGACGCCAUCCAAAGCUGCCACAGCAGACGAGUAAAGCGAUGCCAUUUCCUACAUCUUAGCGCGCAUUUACAGCGGCCGGGGAGGUGGAGAUUAUUGGAUCCGACACCUAGGAUAGCGGAACACCGGCGUAUAGAAGCAGCGGAGGAGUUCGGUUUCUUGGUGGUCACGACGAAACGAAACCAUAUCCCGCUUCGCGUCAUUGGGACGCACCAACUUCUGUAAAGGAAAGUCAAAGCAUGUUAUUUUGGAUGUCCAGAUGUGUCGAAAAAGGAUCAAGUUUGGGAACUGGUUGUGUCUGAACUUUUCAAGGUCUUCUGUCCGCCUGCUGUGGGGGAAAGAUCAACGCAUUGCACAAAGCAAGCAACAUGAAGACUCUUUAAUACCCUGUAGAGUUACUUCUCAAUUUCAGGGCUCAUGAUUUGAUGAAGCCAGUACGAAUGGAAUCAAGCAUGUAGCCACCUACAAACGCAGAAUUUCCCGUCGAUAACUCCAUCGC